AUGAAAUGUGAGAAGGUGUUUCAGAUCAAACUACAAUUGAGAACGAAAGUUGAAACUGUAAUUAACAUGAAAUUCUUGGUGGUAUUGGUGUCCUUGGCAGGAAUUGUCGUAGCCAUUGAUUAUUGUGCGCUUCCCACAUGUCUGGACAAGCACAUUGCGUGCAACAACAAAGGAAAUUUCAGCGAGGAUUGUCCCAAGGAUGUGCGUCAGGUUAAAAUAGAAUCCCACCAGAAAUUGAUCCUAUCGCUGUUCAAUGAGCUGCGCAACAACGUGGCGGGAGGCAAGUUUGAAAACCUGCCUAAAGCUGUGCGCAUGGCCAAGAUGUCCUGGUGCGAGGAGCUCACCCACCUGGCGCUGUUCAAUGUGAUGACUUGCCAGUCGCUGCCUGACAAGUGCCGCAGCACUGAACGCUUCGCUUACGCCGGACAAAACAAUGCCGUAUUUAGCUACAGUGGUGCCGAAUCGGAAUACACCGAUGCGGAGAUCAUCAAGGAGCAGAUUGAGAAUUGGUUUGCCGAACGUGCAAACGCAUCGCCCGAAGUCCUGGCCAGCUUUCCCGAAGAGUUGCCCAACAAGAACGUGGCCAAGUUCACCAUUGCCGUGGCUGAGAAGAACACCCAUGUGGGCUGCUCUGCUGUGCGCUUCUCUCGCGAUUUCUACAAUCACUUCGUGCUGACCUGCAACUUUGCCACAUCAAACAUCAUCGGACAGCCGGUGUACACUCCCGGUGAUAAGGCCACUUCCGGUUGCAAGAAUCGCUAUGGCGCCGCCUUUGACUAUCCCAAUCUCUGUUACGCCAAGGAAAUUUACGACAAUGAGAAAAUUGUUCCCGAUAUCAAGCUAUUCUAAUUGUCUACAAUCUGUCUUUAAAAAUACUAAUUAUUUAAUGAUGCUAAUAAAAUGAAGACCCAAUAUCCGA